AUGAUCCCUGGGAUUGAUAUUCCAUUUCAAUAUGUCGGCCGUGCCAUAGGCGCAGCCCCGGACGAGAUUAAGCUGAUAUUCAGCUUUCUCAUAAGCUACCCUCUCGCCGGCCUCCUCAAGCGCAUCCCAGACAAUAGACCCGACCAGAAGAAUCUGUUCAUCGUCGCCAUCAGUGUCUUCUAUUUCAUCGGUCUCUUCGACCUGUAUGAUGGCCUGCGCACCUUUCUCUAUAGCGCCGUUGGCACAUAUGCCAUCGCCUAUUAUAUCGACGGAAGCCUAAUGCCAUGGAUUGCCUUUUUUUACUUGAUGGCUUCUAUGUCCUGGUCUCACAUCGUCCGUCAGCGACUCGACGAUCCAACUGUUGUUGACAUAACCGGGGGUCAAAUGGUCUUGAUUAUCAAAUUGAGCGCUUUCGCUUGGAAUGUUCAUGACGGCCGCCUCAAACCCGAGCUGAUGACCGAUAGCCAGAGAGACCGCGCCGUGUACAAAAUGCCGGGCUUUCUCGACUAUGCGGGCUAUGUCUUCUUCUUUCCUUCCGUCUGGACUGGUCCUGCUUUUGACUACGUCGACUACGAUCGCUGGCUGCAAACCACCAUGUUCGAGAUCCCCCAAGGCUCCAAGGCCCCUCCUACCCAUCCCAACAGACGAAUCCCCCGCUCCGGCACUCCUGCCACCAAGAAAGCCAUCAUUGGCUUGGUAUGGAUUGUUCUCUAUAUUCAAUUCUCCGGCUGGUACAACGUCCCUCUCCUCCUUUCAGAUCAGUACUUAAAGUACUCCUUUCUCCGCCGCGUCUGGAUCCUAUACAUGCUCGGUUUUACCUCGCGCCUCAAAUACUACGGCGUCUGGACAUUGACAGAGGGUGCUUGUAUUCUUUCUGGCUUGGGUUAUAACGGUCUCGAUCCCAAGACUGGCAAGCCGUUAUGGAAUCGAUUGGAGAACGUCAAUGCCUGGGAAAUUGAAACCGCCCAAAAUUCGCGCGCAUAUCUGGAUGGCUGGAACAAGAACACCAACAAAUGGCUACGAAAUUAUGUCUACCUACGGGUCACUCCAAAGGGGAAAAAACCGGGCUUUCGAGCAACCCUAGCCACUUUCAUCACCUCUGCUUUCUGGCACGGCUUCUACCCAGGAUACUACCUCACUUUUCUGAUGGGCGCUUUCAUCCAGACUGUCGCAAAGAAUUUCCGCCGCUAUGUUCGCCCAUUUUUCCUCACUCCCGACGGUUCAAAGGCAACCAAGUACAAAUUUUAUUAUGAUAUCGCGAGCUACAUCAUUACUCAAUUGGCCUUCUGCUUCGUCACCGCUCCCUUUGUUAUCCUGGGCUUUAACGACAGUCUUACCGUCUGGGCAAGAGUUUACUUCUAUGCAAUCAUUGGCAUCAUCAUGGCUAUUGCUUUCUUCUCUUCCCCGGCCAAGAAGCUUCUCAUUCAAAAGCUUGACAAGCGUAACCAUCCACAUGUGCGGAAAACCUUGUCGCAAGAAACAAAUUACCCACCAAGUCUUGGCCUUCCUAGUGACCCUAUCCGAGAAAUUGAUGAGGCUAUUGACGAGAUCAAACAAGAGGUCGAUGCCAGGCGUAGGCGUGGCAGCACAGUUACGAUGCCUUCCGGUGAGGGUCUGAAACGGGCCAUUGAGGAAAGAAUUGGACGAAAAUUGGAGUUCAGUUCUGGUCCUGGUGGGAUCCGACUAGAUGUUAAGAACGACGGAGAUACCAGUGCUACUUCGACACACAUGAUCGCUCAGGACAAGGCAGAUAAGCAAACCGAGGUCGCAAACUCCGGUGUCACCCCUAACUUGAACCCUGACCAGUUGUUAAAAGAGCGAAACCCUACGAAAAGGUGA